GUGAGGACGCCAAAAAUGUGACAAUGUCCGAGUUAAAUCGUAUUUUCGGUGAUUUAAAAACGAACUACGUGCCUGGUCUGCAAUGGGUGGACGUGGAAGAGAUGCUAUAUGGCGAGGACGCUGGCGAAGAGGUGCUCCUGGAGCGCGCUAAAAAGUUCUGGUCCCUGACCAUGUGCAAGCAAGAGAUUCAGACACAGGAGGCACAGCUCCAGGUUCUGAGAGAUUUGUCGGGAGUCCUCCGUUCGAUGCGAGAUGAGAAUCAAGCCAACUAUAGCAACACCCAUGACAACUGGGCCAAUUUAGUAACCAUAUCCCCCGCCAGUUCCUACCUUUCUUACAUCUACGCAUUGAUUGGUCUAGCCGUUCCUCCGGAACACGUCGUAAAGGCGGCUCCCACUGUUUUAAACGAGAAUAUAAAUCUUCAGCUGUCCCUGAAUGCUGUGAGCACCUAUUUGCUCACCUUAACCAUUCCUGGAUCCAAGAGCUACGGAGUCUUUGAUGAGGACGUCAUGGAGCAGGUUUUGAGGAUUUUUCGGCUUUUGGAGCAGAAUGCCAACAAAAGUGUUCGGGCUAACACCAUCUGGAUGUUCUUUUUAACGAUCUGUGAUGAUUUAAAACUGGUGUUCCGCUAUGUGCAUUUUAAGGAACAUCUGAAGUCGAGGGAUAGGAUCAUUCGAAGUCUCAUGGAAAUUCUCUACAUGAACUUUAAAAAGGGCUACCAGAAUUCAUGUGCCCCUGCGUUGCAUGCAAAAUGUUAUGAGCUUUUCGACGAAAUCGCUAAUGAACACAAUGGAGACGUAUAUGACACUCUUCAUCUCAUAAUGCGUCAGACUUUUCCUAUGCAUGUCUACACAGAUAGUCCUCAUAACAUCGGCGCUGGUCGUCGCGGAGGGGCUAUGCAGGCAGGAGAGCACAUAUCUGACUGGUUCAUCCAGUUAAUAGAAAAAUACCCAGACAUCCUUACCCGUAUUCUCCAUUUCUACAUUGAGUGUGUGGUGUCCAACCCAAUUAACGCAUGGAAGAGCCCGGAUGAAAAAGUGGCUAUUACUUAUGCUGCCAAAUAUGAUAGUAUUCUAUUUGCCAAGUGCAACAAGUCCUGUGCAGAUUUCGUCCUAGAGGCUGUUAAGGCUGACGAUGCUGUCGGAAUUCAAACUAGAGCGCUGGAUCUUAUUGAAAAGAUUCUUCUUCAUCAGAGCGAAGUGGAAUGGUCUAUCUUCCGGUACGAUGUGUCCAAGGUGCCGCGAGAAGUGCCACUCCUUCGUGAAGUGAUUCGUUGCCUUAAUGAUAGGACUUUCACUGUUCGUCGUAAAGCUUGCCAAGUACUCGUCUUAGCUCUAAAACAGGGAUCGCCAAUGACUACUAAGAUUCUGGACGAAAGCAUACGGUUUGUUCAAUUCGAGGAUGAAAAUGAAGAGACACUUCAAGAGCCUGUAGUGGAGCAGCAUGAACUGCGAUUCGAGAAACCUGGAAUUGUCCAGUACGCUUUCAGUUUCGAGGGCCAUGAACUGUUGGAAGAAGAAGUCAAGAACAUUCCACAUAUAAUCUACCAGCGAUUUCUGGGUGCGGAUAACGGCCUCGCACGAACAGCAGGAAUCGCCCUGCUCGAAAGAUUGGUUCUAGUCAAUCCUCUAAUUAUUUACAACACGAAUUUUGUGAGGGAAACCUCUUUGCUGGCUGUGGAUAGGUUGGCCUCUGUAAGAAAAUCUGGACUUGAAACAAUGGAAACUCUUCUGGAAGCAUAUCCCAAUUGUUUUGCGUUGAUAUGUGUAUACUGCAGGAUUUGGGCUUGCCUAAUGAGCGAUGAGGACAUCGCUUUGCAAAAGCUGGCAUUACAGAGUUUCAAUCGAAUGGUUUUAAAAAAUAUUCAACCCCUGGAGUAUUCCAAUACCGCUAAACAAUUUAUGCCUUGGCGCAUCAUUAGUACUCUGCUAAUGACACAACCAAGAGCCUAUCUGCAGGAACGAUUUUCUAUUCUAAUGGAAAACGAAUCCAUAGUUACGCCACAACUUGUGAAUGUUAUAAUCUCACAUUUGUCCACAUCCAUGGCUACAGAUGCCUGGGGAUUACUCCUACUCCUUUCUAGCCGCAUCACCAACAACAUGGAUGCCUUGAUUGGCAUUUUUAACAGCCUUUCUUCAUACAACAUGAAGUCAAACCAAUUCCUAGCUUUGCAGCUGAUAAUUGGUUGCUUAAAGAACUUUUCCAAAUCGGCUUUAAAUCAGCUAUUUCAAAAACUUCUGACCGCCCUCAGAACGGGAAGCAUUUGGCUGGGUCUUAUUUCGAGUGCGGUUAAUCUACUGAACCAAAUCUUCCACUUGUCCAUGAGUCAAGCUCCGUCGACGGGUUCCGAGGUUCCCGAAUGGCAGCUGAGUCUAUUGGAGGAUGUUACCAUUGAAAUUUUAAACUGCGCGGAGGAUUUCCAGAAUGAACACACCCGAUUGCAGUGCCUUUUGGGCACCUAUACAGAGAUAAUUGUGAUGCUGCCGGACGAGGUGGACAAACGGAUUGUGAAGAUUGUGUUCACGUAUCUUAAGGAGUGCACCAGACUUAGUGAGUCUCAGUUCGAUACGGACAACGAGCGCAUGACAAACUGGAUGAUUGUGAUAGCUGGGCGUUUGUGUCUCAGGGAAAACAGUUUGGCCUAUAGAGUGUCCAAGUUGUAUAAAACUAUUCUAACCAAAAACGAUCGGCCCCAGAUAAUCAAUACUACUUUGAUUGCUUUAAACGAUCUGGGAAAGAAAAACCCUUCUAUUCUAGAGAGUAAUUUUCAAUGUAUUCUGACCAAGCUGCACUCCAGUUUCGCCAUGACUAGGGUUAGAACCUUUCGCUGCGUUAAGGAUGUUAUACUCUCCGGCACUAUCAAGCUGAAGGGUUCAAUUCUAAUCUCCAUGCUGUCUGCUCUGGUGGAUGAAAGUGCCGAAGUAGCACGGGAGGCGGAUGCCUUCUUUAUUCGCUACCAAAGAUUGUACAACAAAUUGUUAUUCAACCACUGUCUUAAAGAAUGUCCUUUUGAUUUAAAUGGCCUGGGCCAUUUGCGAGGCUUGAUAACGGAUUCCAACUUUGAAUCGCCGCUAAAGGGUCCUGACAAGGAGAAAAGUCGGCGCCUACUUUAUAAUCACAUUAUGUCCUCUAUGGAUGAGAACUCGUUGUUACUUUACUUUGGCCAGCUAAAGUUGCUAGCGGAAAAAACCAAGGAUGAUGAAUUUGUUGGUUUGCCGGGCGCCCUAACUAUAGUACAGGAUAUGCUCUUUAUCAUGCGACGGAUUUGUUUUCUAACAAAGGGAAAAGGCAAUGAGAAAAGCAGUCGCGGCGAAGGUGAAGAGGAGGAUGAACCGGCAAUACCCAAGCCACCUGAAACCGCCUCAGUUAGCCAGGAAGGAUCCAGAGGGAGAGGGCGAGGGCGAAAGACGGAUUCCUCUGAGGAACCCCUUAAACAGCUGGAGCGAUGCCUCCGCUAUGUGGAAGAAACCCAUCGCAACUUAAAAGACGUUAUGACUUCGGAACUUCAGCAUUCUUUUGACAGCUUUUGUCGGUCUUUGGCCAUGCGAUUCCCCAGUUUCAUUGAGUUUGCUCAGCCAGCAGAGUUUUGGAAAAAGUACCGCCAUGCCAAGACGCCAAAGGGAGGCAGAAGGAAGAAGAGGCGAGUGGAUGAUGAUACGGAGGCGGAAAGUGAUCGAGAAAGAUCUCCUCAUUCGGCGACUGGAGAAAGCGACAGCGACAAUGAGAUGCCGCUGGAUCGGCACAAAUCAAAACACACGAGCUCCCGUUUAACCAAAAGGACGACGAGCUGCGAUAUGCUUGUUACAGAGCUCAUUUUCCAGCCACCAGAUUGGUGAUG